UGCAUCCAGAUGUAAGGAAAAAUCACAUUUUAAUGUCUGCUUUAUGGUUUGGGCCUGGUAAGCCAUCCAUUUUUACAUUACUAACACCAUUUCUCAAAGAAGCAUCAUUAUUGGAGACUGAAGGUGUUGAUUGGCAAGACAUUGAGGGUAACCGUCAUGUUUCUAAAGUGUAUGUGCUGAUUUGUAGCUCUGAUUCUGUGGCUCAGCCGUUGCUUCGUAACACAAAGCAGUUCAACGGCUUUUAUGGCUGUGAUUUUUGCUAUCACAAAGGUGGGAAGACAUAUCCAUAUGAUAGACCUGAACCCCCCCUGCGAAAUGAGAAGGAUCAUUUUGAAAAAAUAAAGCCUCCUGUUGAGAUAACCAGGACACCAAGGUCACUUAGUGAAAGAAAAUUCUGGAAAGCUUCCGAAUGGCGAGCCUUUCUCCUCUUCUAUGCGUUGCCCAUAUUGAAAGGUAUACUCCCUGUCAGAUUUUGGAAUAAUCUAUUCCUUUUGGUAUUCAGCAUAUACACAUUACUGCAGGAUACAAUCAAGACUAGAAGCAUCUUGAUGGCAGAAGUGGCUCUUAAAAAAUUUGUUAUUGAGUUUCAAAGACUUUAUGGAAAGAACCACAUGACUUUCAACAUACACUUGCUCACACAUGUCACACAAAGUGUCAAACACUGGGGGCCUUUAUGGGCUACCUCAACGUUUCCAUUUGAGUCCAAUAUGGGCACUCUACUUAAAUAUUUUCAUGGUACUCAGUAUGUCCCUUCACAAAUUGCUAGAAAAUUUCUGAUGUGGAGAGAAUUGCCAGAAAAGGCCAAACACACUAUCGCCUCUGGAAAUACAAAGGUGCAGUCAUUUGUUGAAAAACUUUAUGUCUCUAAGCGUAGAACAGAUAAAUGUGACACACUAAAUAAAAGUAUCAAAGGUUUUGAUCAUCCCCCACUGCAAGAAAAUAUCCCAGCCUCACAUAGGCUUGCCAUUGUUAAACUAUGUGGAAAUCUAAGCAACUGCUUUUGGUAUUACAGUCGUUUUUUGGUUGAUGGAGCUCUGUAUCACAGUCAGACAUAUGACAGAAUAAAGAAAAGGUUCAACAGUGCUGUAUACCUGAAAGAUGGUCAGUUGGAUUCACAGAUAAAUGUACAGAGUGAUUUCAUACAUGAGUCGGUUACGGCGAUGAACUGCGUGCAGUCAGGUCGAGACCCCGAUGAGGAUGACAAGCAUGCAGAUGAGCUUCCCUGA